AUGGUCAAGAAUCACCCCUCCUACGCUGACAUGGUUUAUGUGAGUCGUCUUGCCACACGCCCCAUGACGUUCAAGUCCGAUCGAUCAAGCGGGUGCCACAACUUACAGGGCCCCCACUUGAAAUCGGGUUUCGACGCGACGUGGUCGAUCGGUUCGGUGCUGACUGACUUGGGGGGGGGAGCGGGGGGGGGCAAGAUCUCAACAUCUCGUUUUUGGUUUUUGGUUUUUGGUCCUACAGGAAGCGUUCGCGAAUGUGGAUCGACAGUGAGUACCUGAUCGGCGGCGGACGUUGGAUUUUGACAUCGCGCGCCUUUUGACGCGACUGCCGAACCGAACCGAACGGCUGACAGGCGCGAGGACCUUCUUCUUUCCUCUUUUUUGUUUUUUUCAGUACCAAAUUGGCUCACGUCAAGAUCAAAAAAUACGUUCAAGAAGCGUACGAGAUCGAUAUGACCAAAACGGGUUGCAAGAACGCGCUCAAGAGGGCUUUAGAGGUCAGUUGUCAGUGAAUGCGGGCAAGGCAACGGUCUUCGUCGAAUCCCCGCUGCGUUGCUUGAGGGGGGUUAAGUUGUUCGGUAGUUCAUACCCUGGAUAUUUUUUAUACAGCAUGCGGUUGAUGAAGGGAUUUUGCAAUUGGUGAGUUGGUCGAGAGGUAGGUUAAACGAUUGCGGGAAAGUUCGGGGAAUGAUUCAACGUUACCGUGAGUCGUUGGGGUGCGGGGGGUCGGGGGGGCUUUCCCGUCAAUCAAUAGAUCGGAGCGUCGUACAAGAUGACCGCAACCGGUCUUCAACACCUCCAAGGAGCUAGGUCCUCGUCCGAAACGGAUCCCAAGAAGCGCAAGGAACGAAUGGUCAAGAAACCGGCGGUGAAAAAAUCGACGACGAGGACCAAGACGGGUGGUGCGGCGGCGAGUAAGAAGAUGAUGACAGGUCGCGUUAAGGCUGGGGCUCUUGCGGCGUCGAAGAAGAAGACGACGAACGGGACGACGACGAAGAUGAAUGGAUCAGCAAUGAUCAAGGUCAAGACUCAAGUCAAGACUAGUGAGGAUGCGGAGGCGAAGAACAAGUUGACGACGACGUCGAAAGUGCCAGCUGAAGGGCCCCUUUCUUCGGACGAACGACCACCUGCGGACGGCGAGGAACCGCAGACCGAGACGGAGCCUGAAGAGGAUGAGGAUGGCGAGUUGCCUAACCCUCACGUGGGAGGUCUAGAGGCGAGGGUCGCGGUUGGGGGAAAGGAUGAGGAACAGGUAACGCCGGAGAAGAACAAGAUCAAUGGUCGUGGAUCGGGCGGGCUUGAUGUAGGGCAGGGGCCGGGGGCGCCGAGGAAGAGGUCGGCUCACGGAGGAGAUUGA